AUCUAUAUAAAAAAAAAUUAAAUUAAAAAUCUGUGCCAAUUUCUAAAAAAAAAAAACUAAAAAUAUAUUCAGUGUGAUGAACUUUUCUGAAUCAAUUAAAGAAUGUUUAACAAUUUUACAAGAAAUAUUCUAUAUUUGCAUAGACUUGACUCGAUUUGCUUGAAUACCUAUAAAAGUGCUAGUCGCAUCUCUUCGAUAUGUCAAUCAGAAUAGCAAUGAUGAAGAUAGCAGCCGCAUUAUUGAUACUUGGUAGCAUUGCUUGCGCAAGUGCCGCAACCGAAGAUCUCGGCAAAACAAUAAGCAUUAACAUUGACAAAAAUCAAAAUCAAGAUGCUACACCUGUUAUCAUCGAGGAAAUGGAGGAACCACAAAUGAUUUAUCAACCAAAACCACAAUAUUAUCCACAACCCCAAUAUCCACCACCUCAACCACAACCACAAUAUCCACCACCUCAACCACAACCACAAUAUCCUGCACCACCACCACCAGUCUAUUAUCCUCCAGCACCAAUGCCAGCACCUGCACCAUAUCCCGGGCGCAACGACUACUGUGUAAUUCAAUGUCCACCCGGACCACCUGGACCUGUUGGUGCACCUGGUGCAAUGGGCCCUGAUGGAACACCUGGAUCUAAGGGAGAUAUGGGUGAUAUGGGCUAUGAGGGUACUAAAGGUGCAAUGGGUCUACCUGGAGAUACUGGUGUAAUUGGUGAGAAGGGUCAAAGAGGUCAAAAGGGUGAAAUGGGCUACCCAGGUCAGAAGGGAGAUAAGGGAACUAUCGGACCAGAUGGAGCUGCCGGUGCAAGUGGUGACAAGGGAGAUAUGGGAGCUAUGGGUGCAAUGGGUCCACCCGGACCACCUGGUCCAACUGGACCAAUAUUCAAAGGAACUUUUGUCCUUACGGCAUCUGAAGAUGUUGGAAAAACAAUAAGCGUCUUUGGUAAUGUUGAUGAUUUUGGUGGUAUUGGUAGUAUUGGUGGUUUUAGUGGUUCUGAUAGUUUUGAUGUUUUUGGUCACACCGAAAACAAAGAAAAAAAUAUUGCUUAUAUUGUACCAAUUCCCGGUAAACCUCAAUAUGAAGAAUAUCGUCCACCAGUACAAUAUCCUGCACCAGCACCAUAUCCUUCACCCACAUACCCUCAACCAGCACCAUAUCCACCACCACCAGGAAGACCUUGUGUUGUACAAUGUCCACCUGGUCCACCUGGACCUCCAGGUGUACCUGGAGCAUAUGGACCUGAUGGACCACCAGGUCAAAAAGGAGAUAUGGGAGACAUGGGAAUUGAAGGGCAAAAAGGAGCAAAUGGAGAAAUUGGUGAUAGGGGUCCUUUGGGAAAUAAAGGACGCAAAGGCUCUGUAGGAAAUAUAGGUUUGGAGGGCCAAAUGGGUGAUAAAGGUGUUCAAGGUCCAGAAGGACCCAAAGGCUCUAAAGGUGAUAAGGGUGAUAUGGGUCUAAAAGGCCAACCUGGACCACCAGGUCCCCCAGGACCUAUCGGACCACUAGGAGUCAGAGCCAUUGCUGUUGUUUCCACAGCAGAUGACGCACUCAGAAGUAUAAGCUUUAAUAAAAAUGGCAGCAAUAAUAAAAAGGAACCCGUUUUGGUGUACACGCAAUAUCCACAACAAAUGUAUCCACAAAUGCCAUGGCCGCAACCACCAUCAUAUCCUGCCCCAUAUCCACCAUCUUACCCACAACCAUCCUACCCACAACCACCACCACCAACCUAUCCACCCUACCCAGCUCCAUACCCACCAUCACAAUGCAGAUGUAAUCCUGGACCACCAGGUCCACCUGGUCAGCCUGGUACAACUGGUAACAUGGGAACAGCAGGUUUGAAGGGAGAGAAGGGUAACAUGGGGCAAAUGGGCUUGCCUGGUACUAUUGGAGAUAAGGGUGAGACCGGUGAGAUGGGACUUAAGGGUGAUAAGGGUUAUAAGGGUGAUAUGGGAUUUGAAGGCAUGAAGGGUGAUAAGGGUACUAUUGGUGCUGAUGGACCAAUUGGACCUAAGGGAACUAAGGGUGAUGCUGGAACAGCUGGAGCUAUGGGACCACCAGGACCACCUGGUCCAACAGGUCCAAUGGGACCAGCAGCGUAAGCUCAGAAAAACAACCAAAA